AUGAUAUUAGAACUAGUUAUUACAUGUUUAUAACAUUAUCCUUACAAUUUUAAAUAGUAUAUAAUUAGUGAGGAUCAAUAAGUGCUCAAAUAUCCACUAUUUUAUUUAAUUGGGGAUCAUGCAUUUGGGAACGAUUUAUAUCUAGAAAUAUUGAAAUUAAUUAUAGAUAACACUUAAAUUGAAUAAAAUGAAACAUUCGAUUGUUUUUUUGUCAUUCUUUUACCUAAAAAUAUCAUAAUAAAUUUCACAUCAAUCUAAAUUGAAUAGAAAAUAUAAUUUGUUGAAAUAUUUUUAGGGUUAUCCAAAAACUUUAAAAUAUCUGUAAAGGAAGUAUUAAUUUUAAAUUAAAUUACUUUGAAAAUUGGAGUUAUAUUGUAAGAAAAGAAUAAAAUUUUAUAAAUGAAGUGUUUAUAGUUUUUAAAAAUUUUAAUUUUAUAAAGAAAUGAUUAUAUAAAUAAAGAAAUCAUAAUGGCUUUGCAAAAUUUGAUAUCAUCCAUAUUAUGA